UCGGCGAAUCCUGGCCCCCUGGGCGCGCCGGGAUCUCGCCUGCAGCCCCCCGCUGCGGGAUUGGGCGGCUCCCCAGCACCGCCCUAGCCUACUAAGCCGAAACGCGCCCGGCCGCUCCCAGGGCUUCUUAGAUUCCCGCGGACUGUGGCUUACAACUUCCUCCGGGCUCUGACGGCGGCCUCGCCCCGGAGGACGGGGAGGAUUUACCUGUAAGGCCCCGGACGCAUCGAUCUGCGCAUUUUCCCCGACUGGUUUCAAGAGGAGCACCUGCAACGCCGGUGGUGUUUGACCUACCCCUAGAGCAGGCGUCAGAAGAUCUUUGAGGCAGAGAAGAAGCUGAUGGGAUCUAUGAGGAUCACUAUAUUAGCUGCUGGAUUUUGAAAUACUAACCAAACGGAGAGUUGGGAGACAACAGGGAGCAGAAGGAAGAAAAUGUAGAUUCGACGAGCCUGCCCUCAGCCUGAUCCACCUACCUCUGGAAGGUAGAGCAGAAACCUUAACCCAGGCACGGAAAGAGUCCGGGUCAACGAGGCCUCCAAUCCAAACCACGCUGGCAAUCAGCUGUGUGCUGGGGCAGGGACCUUUGAGGCUAACUGCCACCUGGCUCAGUGGAGACGAUCACGGAUAGCCUCUGAGAGCUGGCUGAAGUUCAGGAUCCGGGACGAAGCCCGAGUGGCUGGCUCCCCAGCGCCACCAGGGAAGGGCGCCCAGUGUCAAUUGGGUCGACUCACCCGGAACGGAUGGCGAGGAGUCGCAGGAAGAGGCGGGGCUGGCCGGAAACCGUAAAAGGGGGCACAGGCUUCGCCCCUCGCUGGAGUUCCGCCGGCGCUCCCUGGACAUUGCUCUGCUUGGGCUGCGGGACCUAGCAUGGUCGACGACGUAGGUGCCGCUAAGGCCCAGGGGGACGAAUGGACGCCCGCCCAGUCCCUGGACAGGCUGCUCAGGUCACCACUUCCACCACCGCGGAUUCGCACCCGGCCGUGGUGGUUUCCUGUGCAGGAACUGAGAGACCCACUGGUGUUUUACCUGGAGGCAUGGCUGGCUGACUCCAUCUUCGGCCCAGACCGAGCCAUAAUUCCAGAAAUGGAGUGGAUGAGCCAAGUCCUGCUGACGGUGGACAUAGUUAACUCUGGGGACUUGGUUGAAAUCACCAUCUUCGGACGGCCCCGUGUACAAAAUCGGGUAAAGAGCGUGCUCCUGAGCCUGGCAUCCUGGCACCAGAAACAUCGUGCCCGAGCUGAGAAGAUGAAACAACUUGAGGAGUUCUUGAAGGCGGGUGCAUCAGGUCCCCAGGCGCCCCAGCAUCCUGUUGCAUAAGUAUUUUCAGGAGCAUUGUGAGAAACAGUCCUGCUUCUACUACUAAAGUUGGAGAGAAGCAAGUAUCCAUAAAUCUCUGCAUUCUUUUUUUUCCUGUGUCUUGAUGGGUAGUGCUUUGAUUAUUUUGAUGCAAAAGUGAGUUUGUAGUGCCAUUCUAGUAAAUGAAUUUCCUUUUUGUCCAAUGGCAUAAAGAUCUUUGCUCACUUAAAA